UAAGCUCUGAAUCUUCCCACCCAACCUGACAUCUUAACAAUUCUCCAGACACCCUGGAUCCGGAGACAACCUCCCUAACCAUUCCCCUCCAGCUGUUCCACCCAUAAACAGAAUGGAGCAUUUCGCACCCCACAACUCCGCCGCCUUCGAAGGCUGGUACUCCAAAUUCGACCUCCCAUCUGGCGCGCACCUAGCUCUCAUAAUCUGCGCAGUUCCCAAAGCGACCAGCCUCCCACCGUACAUGGUCUCCUUUACUUACUACCCCGAAGACGGCAUGGACAUCUUCCAGCGCGAACACUGGGUCUCAUCAAUCCACCGCAUCACAACGGGACCCAACCACGCCUUCGAGCUCCGCGUCGAAGGAAACGACUGUAGCGGAAGCAUGGUCGUAGACGCAGACUCCACAACAACAUACAACCUCACAGGAUGGGAUACCCCUUCCUCAACCCAAACUUCACCAUCCAAUCCUCGCGGAACAAACACAAGCGAUGACAAAAAGCUCGCGUGGUCCCUCUCAGCAAUGACAUCUUCCCGCACCCCCUACAACCUUUCCUCCCCAAAUUCAACCCCAGAAGGCAUCUUCGUCAACCUCCCCCUCCCUCUCCACUGGCACGUCCACUCCCUCUGCUCCCCCGCAGCCUUCCACCUCUCCAUCCCGCCAAUCUCGCUUUCUCGUGCGGAUACACGCGGCCGCGCGACAAUCCAUCAAGAAAAGAACUGGGCGCGCAGUUUCCCAGAGAAACACGUCUGGCUCCAAGCCUUCUCCUCUUCCUCCUCCGCUACACCCAACAACACCAACAGAAAACCCAACCACCACGCUCCCAAUGAAACCAAAGAAAAUAAAGAAGAAGAAGAAGAAGAAGAAGAAGAAGAAGAAGAAGAAGAAGAAGGAGGAGGAGGAGGAGACCACAUCCACGCCUUAACCCUAGCAGGAGGCGGCCCUAUCCUCCUCCCCCCCUCCACGCAUUCCUCCUCUCAUACACCUCUCCCUCCCUCCUAUCCCCCUUCUCCCUAUCCCCCCCAUUCACCCUCUCCAUAUCCACUCCCCCGCUCUCCAUCCCCCUCCCUUUCCUCCACACUAAACUCUCCAUCCCACAUCUCUCUUUCUCCCCUUUCCUAUCCUACGCUAUCUCCCCUUCCUCAAAUACCGUCACUCUCACUUGCUCCACGUUCACGAAACGCAUUCAUGUUGAUGUCGCUGCGCCCAAGGGGAUGGGCUGGUUCGGGCUGGCUUCGCCCAUGGGGGACGGGCAUGUGA